CUUGCCUAGCGUCGCAGUCCAAUUAAAAGCCUGUGUGGAAGAGGCACCUUGUGUGUCAUGCAUACAUUAGAGACUGUGAGCGAGGGGUCUUGAGGGAGACCGAGGAGGCUCUACCCAGAGAGUGUCAUCACAAAUUACCAGGAGAAGGCUCUCCGACGCUCACUGUCUCUUCUGCUUUUGGCAGGAGCUAACACGCUGCACGCCAGCAGCAGCCGCCGCCACCUCCACCUCCACCAGAGCUCUGCAACCAGCUCUCUCUCUCUCUCUCUCUCUCUCUCCUCACUCACUCUCUCUCUCCCUUUGCUUCCUCUCAGCACACCUCUCUACCUUCUCCAGCUGUACCAUCACCUUGUCUUCUUCAAUUUCAUGUCUUGGCGGCCCCCCCCCCCCCAAAAAAAGAGAAUGGAUCUAUAAUUUUUUUUUAAAUCGCAGAACCUCCAAAACACCCUGACUCUGUAUCCAACAGCAACUUUUUUUUUCUUCUUCUUCUUAAAAAAAAUAGUUACCCAUUUGGUUUCUUUUCAAUUAUUUUUUUUUUCCUCUGAUGGCAAGACUUGCUCGUUGUGGUCUAACUGAGACGUGAUGCUUCAGGAUUUAAGCGCCAGUGUCCUCUUUCCAGCGUGUCUGCAGCACCGAAGUUUUGCUCAAGUUCCCGACAAUGACGAGCAGUUCGUUCCAGACUUCCAGACUGAAAACUUGGCUUUCCACGGACUGCAGCUGAAGAUCAAGCGGGAGCUGCACAGCCCGUGUUCAGAGCUGAGCUCCAACUGCAGUCAGGAGCGUUCCUUCAAGCUCCAGUAUGGAGAGAAGUGUCCGUACAACGUCAGUGCCUACGAGCAGAAGCAGCCUGCAGCAAUGAAGCCCUCCAGCCCAGUGACGCCCCCCUGUAGCACCCCCGUGUCCCCGCUCCAUCAUGCCUCCCCCACGGCGGCCCCGACUCCCAAGCCAGACAGGACCUACGCCCACAUACCGCCCUCGCAGCCGCUCGCUGACAACACCUACUCUAUGGACCACAGGUUUCGCCGCCAGCUCUCCGAGCCGUGCCACUCGUUCCCCUCCCCGCCGACGAUGGCUCGGGACGGCCGGCCCAUCUAUCACCGGCAGAUGUCUGAGCCCAACAUCCCCUUCCCUCCUCAAGGCUUCAAGCAGGAGUACCCCGACCCCCUGUUCGAGCACCCGGCCAUGAUGGGGGCGCCUCUACCCCACGCGUACCCCCCGACCAUGAUGAUCAAACAGGAGCCGAGAGACUUCACCUACGACUCAGCAGAAGUGCCUAGCUGCCAUUCUGUCUACUUACGGCAAGACGGCUAUCUGGCUCACACCAACAGGACUGAAGGUUGUAUGUUUGACAAAGUGGUGAGGCAUUUCUACGAUGACACCUGCGUCGUGCCUGAGAAGGUCGAAGGCGACAUCAAGCAGGAGACGGGUCUGUACCGCGAGGGUCCGUCGUACCAGCGCAGAGGCUCGCUGCAGCUCUGGCAGUUCCUGGUGGCUCUGCUGGACGAUCCGUCCAACUCGCACUUCAUCGCCUGGACCGGCCGCGGCAUGGAGUUCAAACUCAUCGAGCCGGAGGAGGUGGCUCGUCGGUGGGGGAUACAGAAGAACCGACCAGCGAUGAAUUAUGACAAGCUGAGCCGAUCUCUGCGCUACUACUACGAGAAGGGAAUCAUGCAAAAGGUGGCCGGCGAGAGAUACGUCUACAAGUUCGUGUGCGACCCCGAGGCCUUGUUCUCAAUGGCGUUCCCCGACAAUCAGCGGCCGGUGCUGAAGACGGACAUGGAGCGGCAGAUCAACGAGGAGGACACGGUGCCGCUGUCGCACUUUGACGAAAACAUGGCCUACGUGCAGGAGGGGCCGUACUGCCAGCCGCACCCCUACAGCGAGGGCUAUGUUUAUUAACGACAGCCCCACACACACCUCCUCCCUCCUCCUCUGUACACCUGAGACUGUCAUGUCCUCUAACUCACCGUCGCUCCGGGAAUAAGACACACACACACACACACACAUGCAGCGGAGCUCCCCCUCUCCCUCUCCCUCUCUCACAUGAACACGUUUCUUUUCCUUUGCUCUUGUCUGUCUGACGUUGAAGCGGCACAGCAGGAUGGAGAGUGCACUUUAUGGACAGGACCGGCUCGGUGUUAGCCUGCCCCGGGGUCAGCAAAGCUACGUGGUUGGCUUUUUACAGUUGUUUGUGUUUGCACAUUAAUGUGGGAAUCCUUCUGGUUUUUUUUUUUUAUUCUGAUGAUUUUGAGCAUGUAGCGCCCUGCUGAGACAGGACUCACCUACCUGGACUUCCUGCUAAAGAAACCGUCUCAUCUGCUGGAAGGAUGAUCCUUUUUGUCCUUUAGCCAUCCCGUACUUUGAUGCUCAUUUAAAGUGCAUACUGGCAGCGUAUUGUAUCCAUACUUUUACGGUGAAGUGACUUGAUUAUAGACUUGAAAAUGUGAUAAUAAAAGACAUUUAGCCGCCUCGCCACUGAGUCUGAGCACAGCACCUCUCGUCUGUCCAAUCAGAACUGUAGACCUCAUCAUGUAGGUGUUUUCUGCUGGAUGGAUCCAUCGACCCGACGGCUGAGAAAUCCUCGUGAAACUCCAGGGUGCGAGGAUGACCUCGAAUGGAAAUCACUUCCUCCGGCUCACAUGUGAACGGCGUCUGUUUAGGAUAAUCAAUAAAGCUCCAGGCCUCUGUAAAAUAACUCUUACGGUAAUUCACUGUAAACAGACGUUUCCUUUUAGUUUUCUGAAAGACAUGAAAGCAGCAGUCAUUAUUUAUCUACCAGGUGUUCAGAUGUCUGAUGAAUAACAGGUUGAGAGUGUUUGUACAGGGAAGUUGGAAAACAGCAGUUAACAGGAUAUUAUUUGCAUCCCUAAAUACAGAAAAAAAAAGUGAUUUUAUUGGCUGAAACAAUAAAAAGUGAAGGAAAAAUCAAUCAUCAACUGAAAUAUUUCCCUGAUUUUGUUUGUUCCUGUUCAGCUCCAGGUGAACACAACGUGUAUAUUUAUGAGUUCUCAUUGGCAGGGUUGCUUUUUGGUUAAAAAAAAACAAAAAAAAUAUAUAAAGAUGAAAAAAAACCGAAAUAUUUAAAGUUUUUAUAAUGUGAUGAAAAUAGUGUUCCAUUGUAUAAUUGGGUCGAUGCACAUUUUGUUGCUGCUUAAAAUUGCUCGUGUUUUAUUUUAAGGUAAAGAGAAAAAAAA